AGCACAAUGAUGAACAUGACUUGUCCCGAGGAUUUCCAGCUAACCCUGAACAAUCAGACAGCUUUACACAAUAUUCAAGCACUUCAGGCGGGAAACUUCUUACUUCAAAGUUACAACGGGAGCAGCCCGUAUCCUGGACAGCUUCUUCUACAAGGAUACCCAGGGAGCAGCCACAUAUCACAGCUUCUUAACACCAACUCUUUAGCUGCAGUUUCCACUCAAAGUCAGCUGUCCCAGCUGUCCUACCCGACACCUGCUGUUGUAGAUAAAGCUGCUGCAGCAGCUGCUGCGGCUGCUGCAGCUCAAACCAAGAAGUUCCGGCCACCGUUAAAAAGUGGAAGUAAAACUAAUAAAUAUAUUCCUAAACCUAUCCCUCAAGAACUUGGAAACCUGAAAACCUACAGUAAUCCUGAUAUCCUGAUAUGUGGGAAUUGUCGUGAGCUAUUCAGUGAUCUAGUGGACAUGCUGGAGCAUAAGAAAAACUAUUGUAAAAUGAGGUUUACGUGUAAAUGUGAACUAGGAUCACAGAACAGUGCUGAACAACACAACCAUAGUAGUAUCUCAAAUAAUUCAGGAUGUGAGGAUGGAAAGAGUCAAGGGAAAAGAGUGUACUUGAAAUGUACUCACUGUAAAGAAGUGUUCUCUGGAGCCUGGGAUCUCAUGUUCCAUGUGCAAAGUGCACACUCAGUAAAUAUCUACUCAUUGGGUGAUUCAAACAAAAAGGUUGCAGGAAAGGAAUGUACUAGUUAAAGUGCUGUUUUGUGACGUAAGCCUGUUUGUGAAGUUCAGAAUGUACAGUACAGUACAAAGAGUACAUAACAUGCAGUACAAUACUAAUUGUGUAGGGCAGUACAGAAUGUACAGUGCAGUCGUGAUUGCAGUACUAUUGAUUGUACAGUACAGCACAGAAUAUGCUCUACACUACUGAUUGUACAGUACAGUACAGUGCAUAAUGUGUGAACCAGUACAGAAAUAUUCUGAAUCUAAACUUGUGUGCAGAAUGUGAUGCAAUUAUACCAGAGAUAUCUAGAGAUGCAAAAGUGUGUAAGUUUACUUUAAAAAAAGGCAAGUUUUUGGAAAAAUUCGACGGAAAUACAAGUCAAUAAAAUUCACAUAAACAUUCCAAAUAUGCAAAGACGGUUCGGUAGGACCCGCGUAACCAGAUAUGGAUUUUUUUCCUUUUCCCAUUUUAAUUAUCAUUACUUAAAUAUUUACAGGUUUGAAAGGUUUGCAAGGUUUUGCACAAAGAAUUUAGGUUUACUUACGCAUCAAUAGUAUUCUCAAUUUAUUUAUCAGAAUAAUGGGUUGUAAACUUGUAAAAUUGUGAAUCCGAUAAAAAAUAUUGAAAUUUUCGAUAAAAUCUGUAAAAAAAAAAUUCUAUUUGCUUGCUAUUUGUUUUUACGUUAUAACGGUACAGUGUACAGUGCAAUUUUACACUGUAAAAUGUACUUAAGACAGGGUAUCGUUAUGAAAACCAGUUUUGGAA